AAAGAAGGGAAUCGGCUAAGAGGCUGACGCCAAAAAAAAAGAAAAAAAGAAAAGUCGAGUAGGGAGGCGUCGUUCCCACACCACACGGAAGAAGAGUCUCCGAGUCUUAUCCAAAGGCCAAAGCAUUCCCCUUAAUAUCUUCUCCGUCUCUGUCUCUCUUCUUCCUCACGGAGCUUUCAAUCUUUGCUUACAUCGUCUCUCUCUCUCUCAGGUAGUGCCUGGGGAAGAUUAGAUAGUGAAGCAUGGCAGUAGCUACACAUUGUUUCACUUCACCUUGUCAUGACCGUAUUCGGUUUUUCUCAAGUGAUGAUGGUAUUGCUAGGCUUGGCAUUUCAAGAAAGAGGAUCAAUGGCACAUUCUUGGUCAAGAUUUUGUCCCCUAUCCAAAGUGCUGAUCUUAGGACUUCUGGGAGAUCUUCACGUCCCUUAUCUGCAUUCAGGUCAGGAUUCUCUAAGAGAGUAUUUGACAUUGUGUCAUUACCAUCGAAAAAUGAACUGAAGGAGCUGAGCACUCCACUGCUGCUUAAACUCGUUGGUGUUUUAGCAUGUGCCUUCCUCAUAGUUCCAUCUGCAGAAGCAGUUGACGCACUCAAAACUUGUGCAUGCUUAUUGGAGGGAUGCAGGAUAGAACUCGCAAAGUGCAUUGCCAACCCUGCGUGUGCAGCCAACGUUGCGUGCCUCCAGACUUGUAAUAACCGUCCAGAUGAAACUGAGUGCCAGAUUAAAUGUGGGGAUCUAUUCGAAAACAGUGUAGUUGAUGAGUUCAACGAGUGUGCUGUGUCGAGGAAAAAGUGUGUUCCCAGAAAAUCUGAUCUUGGAGAAUUUCCUGCCCCAGACCCUUCUGUUCUUGUCCAGAACUUCAACAUCGGGGACUUUAACGGGAAGUGGUACAUUACAAGUGGCUUGAAUCCAACCUUUGAUGCCUUUGACUGCCAGCUGCAUGAGUUCCACACAGAAGGUGACAACAAGCUUGUUGGAAACAUCUCAUGGAGAAUAAAGACCCUAGAUAGUGGAUUCUUUACUAGGUCAGCUGUACAAACGUUUGUUCAAGAUCCUAAUCAGCCUGGUGUUCUCUACAAUCAUGACAAUGCGUACCUCCACUAUCAAGAUGACUGGUAUAUUUUGUCAUCAAAGAUCGAGAACAAACCUGAAGACUAUAUUUUUGUUUACUACCGUGGGCGAAAUGAUGCUUGGGAUGGAUAUGGUGGUGCAGUUGUUUAUACGAGAAGUUCUGUAUUACCCAAUAGCAUUGUACCAGAACUUGAAAAAGCAGCAAAGAGCAUAGGCAGAGACUUCAGCACAUUUAUUAAAACGGAUAACACAUGUGGUCCGGAACCUCCGCUCGUGGAAAGACUUGAGAAGACAGUGGAAGAAGGGGAAAGGAUAAUCGUAAAGGAGGUUGAAGAGAUAGAAGAAGAAGUGGAGAAGGAAGUGGAAAAAGUCGGUAAGACUGAGAUGACCUUGUUCCAGAGAUUGGCUGAAGGAUUUAAUGAAUUAAAGCAAGACGAGGAGAAUUUCGUGAGAGAGUUAAGUAAAGAAGAGAUGGAGUUUUUGGAUGAGAUAAAAAUGGAAGCGAGUGAGGUUGAAAAAUUGUUUGGGAAAGCUUUGCCAAUCAGAAAGGUUAGGUAGAGAAGAUGCACCAUUGUUGUCCAAAUUAUACAUACUGCGUUCAGUUCAUAUAAAGUGAUAUUUUUGUAAACAUUCAUCAUUCCAUAACAAUUGGAUACAGAACAUGAAAGGAUUAAGACAUCC